CUUAAACCGGUAAAGAAUUCGUCGUUAUCUUGGAUUCAUUGAACAAGCCUAUCUUAAAUUUGAUACCCUGUGGUCAGUCAGUGUGCUCGCGGAUUAUGAAAAGCAGCUCGCGCAAAGCAAAAGCUUGGCUCUAUAGCCUACAAGUACCUUUCAUUCUCUUUGAAUAUUCCUGUAUGGUUAUUUCAGCAUUUCUGAUCAAUUCAAACUGCAGCAAGACUGAUGUAAUUACUAGACUGAAGGAUUAAUUAUGUUUCCUGGAUGAAGUCCACAGCUUCUCUGUGGUAGCCUUAACCAAAAGUCCCUGGCUUUUUAACAAUCUACAUAUACGAAAAACAGUGCUUAAUAAUUUUUUCCCUGCAGAAAAAGAUAACAUAAAAAUUACCAACAUGGUAGCUAGUAUUUUGCUGAUAGAUAAUCCGCUUUUUUUCUCUAAAGCUAACCGUCAUAUUUAAAAGAUAUGUACACUACUCGGAUGAAUCAGUGUUUACUUUUGGGGGAGGGGAGAAGGUUUCACACAUCACUGACUGAUGUGUUUACACACCAAUGUGAUGACAGAAAAAGUUUCGCCAUCAGAGAGUUUUUCAUCCCAGAUUAAACCCAAGUAAUUUGUCAGUGUUGGACGUACAACGGAAAUGCAGUGUACUUCUCUGCCUGUUCAGCAGGCUCUUGGGGUUAUGUUGCUGUAUGUUUAAGGUGUGUGUGUAUGUGUGUGAGCCAUGGCCUCUCCUACCACGCUGUCUAAGCUGAAACUGGGCAGGUUGCGAGUGGUUCGUCAGAAGUUGCUUCAGCGCUACGAGCACCAGCCCCUGGUAUCCUGUCUGGCUGGCCUGUAUGGUUGCCAAUGGAGACGCUACCAGAGGACCCGUGUCCAACCGGGAGACUGCUGCUGCAGCAAGUUGGAGGGUGCUAGUUUAGUCCUCCUCGUGGUGACCUGUUCACUCACCCUGGUGUUUCUGUAUUUCUGGAGCGAAGCACAGAAUGACUACAAUGAUUUUGACUGGUUUAACUUUGGGAACCUGGGCUUCUGGUUUCCCUGGUCUGUGGUGUUACUGGUCAUCGCUGCAGCCUUCUUCACCUAUGUCGCCGUGCUGCUGCUGUUGGCGGUGUGUUUGCUUGCAGAGGGGCAGAAGCUCUACCUCCACUGGGGACACAAGAUCGGUAUCCUGGUAUCUUUGGCCUUUUCUAUCGUGGCAACAGCCGUCCUCUCAGACCUAUGGAGCAAAGAGUGGACCACACUUCUCCUGUCUUUCCAGGUGACCGCGCCGUAUUUGCAUGUGGGCGGAGUCUUGCUGAUGACGCUCUUGUCCUGGCCAAUAGCCUUGAAUUUCUUCCGCAUGAACAGGAAAGUUGGACGAGGGCUCAUGGUGGGGGUGUAUGUGUCCGUCCUGGGGGCUCUGUACCUGGUGCCCCUGGGAGUGUUCUCCCCCUGCAUCAUGGAGGAGGGCAGGCUGGGCCCAGCGCCAGCUCUCAUCGGACACAGGGGAGCACCUAUGUUUGCUCCAGAGAACACCCUCAUGUCAUUUGAGAAGGCGCUGGAAGCUGGGGGACAAGGGCUGGAGACUGACGUCACUAUCAGCUACGACGGCGUGCCGUUCCUGAUGCACGACCGGACCCUGAGGAGGACCACCAACGUCCAGGACGUGUUUCCCAACAGGACGGACGCGCUAGCGGCCAUGUUUACCUGGGCUGAGCUGGAAGUGCUCAACGCGGGCUCCUGGUUCCUCUUGCAUGACCCGUUUGGCACAGCCAGAUCUCUGCGUGCUGAGGACCGGGCGUGGGCCCAGAACCAGUCGGUCUGCACCCUCAAGGCCUUCCUGGACCUGGCUGCCCGGAGGAACAAGCUGGUGAUCUUUGACCUGUACAGGCCGCCCAGGGGCCACCCCUACAGGGACACCUGGAUCUCACGCACCCUGGAGGUCAUCCAGAACCAGUCGUCCAUCCGCUCCAGUCAGGUGUUGUGGCUGCCUCCAGACCUACGAGCCCUGGUCCAGGAGAGGGACCCUGACCUCCAGCAGACCUCAGGCAGCCUGCUCACCCUGGAGGAGCUGCAGCACAACCACAUCGUCAAGCUCAACCUUCACUACAGCUCCAUGUCCACCCAACUCAUCAGUGAGCAUGCAGCGGUGAAUAUCAGCACCAACCUGUAUGUGAUCAGCCAGCCCUGGCUGUACUCCUUGGCCUGGUGUGCUGGAGCCCACUCCGUCACCACUAACGCCCCUCAGCUGCUCCGCACCCUGCAGAGGCCCCUCUUCCUCAUGACUCCUGAUGAGUACAGUUUAAUGUGGAUCCUCACAGAUCUGGUCUCCUUCCUCUUCAUCUUCCUCAUCUCCAUUUUCCACUGGUGGAGAGAGCGGGACCUGGCGUUCUGCUCCGCCAGUGACACGACCCUGGACAGCGGCACCUACAGCAAGUUCCCAACAGAACUGAGUGACGUCUGGUCCAUCUCCAGCGUCACCAUCCUGGGAGACGCUCGCAGUCCAUUGGUCACCGCCCCAAACCUGGCAACCGUGUCUGAACACUGACAACCCCCUCUGUGAGAUGUUAUCGCUCCGCACACGUUUCAUUUAGACCAGGUGAUAUACCUAUCUGUAGGUUUUCGCUCCAACACCAGUCUAGCACACUUGACUCUGAUCAGCUGGUCAAUCAAGUAACUAGUGUUGAAUCAAAAACCGACAGGCAGGUAGCUCUCUAGGAACAGGGUUGGAGACUCCUGAUCUGGAAUUUUUUUGCGACACAAAGCAAAUACUAUACAGGAUAGUAAGAAUCAGGUUUGAGCGACUAAAUGACACUUUAAGGGGCGGUUCUCUGAGCUGCUCACUGCAUUCCCGAUGCGGCACUUCUUGGAUAUCAGAAUAUAUCAUUUAAUCUCUUAAUGUAGUAGAAGGUUUCUGUUGUGAAGGAAGAAAAAAAGUUACCUUUUUGAUUAAUUUUAAAUGUCUGUGUUUGUUAAUGGCUUUUAAAGUCUUAAUUUAAAUGCAUUGCUAUAGUGUAAUCAGUAUUUUGUAACUUUUUCAAACAUUUCAGUGUGUGUGUGAGGCAUUCUACCUAGUUUCAGCAGUUUGAAUGUAAAAGUAUGCUUGCCGUAAUAACCUUAAGACAAAGCACUUAAUCUCAGUAAAUUUGAAAGCACAAUUGCGAAGCAUCUCUUUGUAAAUCCUUCUGGUAAGGAUGAGAUAACAAAAUCAAACUAAUGAGAAAUAUAUUUUUUUGUUGUACAAAUUUAAGUGAAUUCUAUCCGAAAUAGCAUUUGUGUUAAAUGGUUGGAAGUGAUUGUCCAGUCAAUGUAAAUCCCAAUGAAGGCUCAGGUUCCCCCUAUGUCCAGUCAAUGUAAAUCCCAAUGAAGGCUCAGGUUUCCCCUAUACCUAACAAAAAGGGCGGGAAAACGUGAGGGAAAACAAAAACGGGUUUGCAAAAAAAUAUUUGCAUUAGCACAAAAAACAAAUGUAAUGUUAGCAUUUUGUGCUAAUGCUAACAUUUUGGGGCGAAGCCCUUUUUGUUUUCCCUCACGUUUUCCCGCCCUUUUUGUUAGUAUAGGGGGAAAAACACCAAGUGUGUUCUUGUUAUAUGCCACUACAAAAAUGUAGUUUGUGUUUUGCCAAAGAUGACUAUAUAAAAAAAACUGUACUCUGAAUAGCAAUACACAACUAACUGUGGUACCUUUCCGCUACAUUGCUGUGGCAACAUUUGACAGUCAUGUAAAAUGUGUUUUGGUAUUACUUUUCAUUC